AUGGAUUAAAAAAAAAUUGAGACUCUUAUUAAUGAGGCAUUAUAAAAUCCAGAUCCUGAUAUACAAUAUAUGAGAGCAGAAGAAAUCAGUAAUGAAUUGACAAUUUAUUAUGGAAAACCAGAAUAAAAUGAAAAAAAUCAAAAAAUUAUUAAUGAAUGUUAUAAAGUAUUUUAUUAGCAUUUAUCAUCUCAAUAUAGAGAGAUUUAAGGUAAUAUUAUAAAUAUUUUAAUUUAGGAAAUGCAAUUAGAUAAUUUUAAAGAUUAUCUCCAUUAAUGAGAUCUUAAGAAGUUUAAUAUAUUACAAAGGAAUUAUUGAAGUCUUCAACCCAAAGUAUGAAUGAUACAAGAGAGAAUUAUCAUAUUUGUCUUUUAGAAAUAGUUGAAAAGAUUCCUAGUAUAGUCUAAUGUUUAAAUGAAAUUUAAGAAGAAAUUAUUAAAAGUAAAUUACAUAUUAAGAAUAAUUAGAAUUGAGAGAAUUAAAAGAAGCAAUUAAGAAAUUAUAGGUUUCUAAUUAAAUAGUCCAUUAAGAGAUUUAAUAAAAUAUUGAAAUAUAGGCUGAACUUUUAAAGAUUUUAAGUUUAAUAAUGACAAGAUGGCCUAAAUUAUAUUAGAAAGACUUUAGUGAUUUAUUAUUAGAUAAUAUAAUAAAUUCAAAUGAAUUAUCAAUAAGAAAAAAUUCAUGUGUGUGUUUAGGAUAUUUAGGAUUAUCCCUUAGUUAAUAAAGUCUUAAUGAUUUAAUUUAAUAAAGUAUAAUAAGAUAAAAAUAAAUAUAGGAAUAUUACCACUUGUUAAAGAAUUAAAAUUUGAUUAAUAGAGUUUUGCAAAAUAAUUGUUUUUAAAUUAAAGUUUAAAUCAUUUGGCUAAGAAUUCUGGAAAAUAUUUUGAUAAAGUUUUAGUUGAAUAAAUAUUUGAGAGAUAUUUUUAGAUAUAGAAUGAAUAAAAUAAAAUAGAUUUAGAUAAUGUUAAUUAAUAUGCUGAGAUAUUAGAAAUUUAAUUACUUACAUUAAAUUAUUUAAUUUAAAAUAAUUAUGCUCGUGCAUUUGAUAUUUAAUUGAUUGAAUAAAUUACACCUUUAAUUGAUUUUGAUCCAUUAGGAGUAGCAACUGUUGAAGAAAAUCCAUAUGAUGAUGAUUAUUAUUUUGAUGAAAGUAGAUUUGUAUAAUAAAUUCAUUAGCAACUGAUUCAACUUGGAGAGUAAGAAGAUGUACAUUUUAUACAUUCUAAGAGUUAUUAAAGAUUCAACCAUAAUUAUAUAAAUUAAUAUUAUCAGCUCUAUUUGGUCCAAAUCAAAUUAUUAUGAAAAGAAUGAAUGAAAAAAAUGCAGAAAUCAAAUUAUCUAUUAUUUAAUUUUUAAUUAAUUUAGUAUAAGCAUCAGCAAUAAUAAAUGAAGAUCUAAAUUCUACUGAUGAAAUUUAAUAAUUAACAUUAAUAAAGUAAAGAUCAAUUCCACCUUCUAUUUCAUUAAUUGAAUUGAUAGAAUAACUUUUAGAAAAAAUCUAAUUAAUUUUUAAUGAUUCUUAAGAAUAAUAAUCUUUAAAAUCAGAAUCAACUAAAUUAUUAUUAGCUAUUGGAUAAUAUUUUCACUCUUAUAUAUAAACAUCACAUUCAUGUUACUUAAAAAUAGUUGAAAUUAUUCAUUAAUCAAUUAUUGGUUCUUCUAUUAAUUAUUCUAAUGAAUAAAAAGUAUUUAUAUAAUUAUUAAAUUAGCUUGCCUCUAUUUUAACUAUGAAAUCUAUACUUAAGAUUACAGAACCAGUUUCAUUUUAAGUACCAAUUUUAUAGUAAAUGGUUUAAAUACUAAUUGAAGCAGUAAAUUAAAAAUAUAUCAGAAUUCAAGUUGAAGGAUAUAAUACUAUGAAUAUAUUAAUUGGUGUAUUAAAAUAGAAUUAUUAAGAAUAAUUAUUUUAAGAAUCAUUGAUAAAAAUUAAAUAAAUUUUAAUUAUUAAAAUAUAGAUUGAUACUUUAGAUUAAGAAGUUAAAUAAAGUUUAUUAUCACUUGCUACUACAUUAUUUAAACAUUUUGAAUCACUAUUUACAAAAACAGAAAUUGAAUAAUUAGCUCAAACAGCUUAACUUAGAUUAUAGAUUGAAUACUUAACAAUUCAUAUUAUGUUACUAGUACAAUAUUUCAAAAAUCUCAAUGAUCCUAAACCAUUAAUUUCAAAUAUAGCUAAUCAACUAUAGAAAAAUGACAAAGCUUAAAUAUUUAUAGCAUUAAUUCAUUUAAUAUAGAAUAAUAAAGUUGAUUAAAAUCUUGCUAUUGAUAUAUUAAGUAAAUUCAAAUAAAUUACAACAGAAAAUUAUGAUUUAUAAAUUUAAACACUAUAAACAUUAAUAAAAGUUACUGGAAUUAAAUUACCUGAAUAACUUGUAAGAGAGACUGUUAAAAUUGGUUUAUAACAAACAAAAAUAAAACCUGAAAUUGAAGAUUUUUUUAAUUUGGUUAAUUAAUAAAAAAUAAUUGAAUAAGAAAUUACUAAAUAAUUAGGAAAAGAAGAAUUAUAUCCUGCUGGAUAAAUUUAUUGUUCAAUAUUAAAAAAUGUCCCUGGUUCAUUAAGUUCUUUAUAUUCUUCAAUAACAACUAAUAGAUAAUUAAAAUUAUCAACUUUAAGAUUUUUACAUAAAUUUCAAAAAGAUUAAUAAUCUAUUGAUAUUUUAUGUUAAUUAAUUAAAGAUAAUCAAGAUUCUGAUUUAGCUGCAUUUGUAAUUGGCUCAGCUGUUUGUGAUUUUUAAUAAAUAAAAAAUUUGAUUGAUUAAUAUCCUAAUUAAUAUUAAUUUUAUCAAGCAUUAAAGGNUAUUUUCACUCUUAUAUAUAAACAUCACAUUCAUGUUACUUAAAAAUAGUUGAAAUUAUUCAUUAAUCAAUUAUUGGUUCUUCUAUUAAUUAUUCUAAUGAAUAAAAAGUAUUUAUAUAAUUAUUAAAUUAGCUUGCCUCUAUUUUAACUAUGAAAUCUAUACUUAAGAUUACAGAACCAGUUUCAUUUUAAGUACCAAUUUUAUAGUAAAUGGUUUAAAUACUAAUUGAAGCAGUAAAUUAAAAAUAUAUCAGAAUUCAAGUUGAAGGAUAUAAUACUAUGAAUAUAUUAAUUGGUGUAUUAAAAUAGAAUUAUUAAGAAUAAUUAUUUUAAGAAUCAUUGAUAAAAAUUAAAUAAAUUUUAAUUAUUAAAAUAUAGAUUGAUACUUUAGAUUAAGAAGUUAAAUAAAGUUUAUUAUCACUUGCUACUACAUUAUUUAAACAUUUUGAAUCACUAUUUACAAAAACAGAAAUUGAAUAAUUAGCUCAAACAGCUUAACUUAGAUUAUAGAUUGAAUACUUAACAAUUCAUAUUAUGUUACUAGUACAAUAUUUCAAAAAUCUCAAUGAUCCUAAACCAUUAAUUUCAAAUAUAGCUAAUCAACUAUAGAAAAAUGACAAAGCUUAAAUAUUUAUAGCAUUAAUUCAUUUAAUAUAGAAUAAUAAAGUUGAUUAAAAUCUUGCUAUUGAUAUAUUAAGUAAAUUCAAAUAAAUUACAACAGAAAAUUAUGAUUUAUAAAUUUAAACACUAUAAACAUUAAUAAAAGUUACUGGAAUUAAAUUACCUGAAUAACUUGUAAGAGAGACUGUUAAAAUUGGUUUAUAACAAACAAAAAUAAAACCUGAAAUUGAAGAUUUUUUUAAUUUGGUUAAUUAAUAAAAAAUAAUUGAAUAAGAAAUUACUAAAUAAUUAGGAAAAGAAGAAUUAUAUCCUGCUGGAUAAAUUUAUUGUUCAAUAUUAAAAAAUGUCCCUGGUUCAUUAAGUUCUUUAUAUUCUUCAAUAACAACUAAUAGAUAAUUAAAAUUAUCAACUUUAAGAUUUUUACAUAAAUUUCAAAAAGAUUAAUAAUCUAUUGAUAUUUUAUGUUAAUUAAUUAAAGAUAAUCAAGAUUCUGAUUUAGCUGCAUUUGUAAUUGGCUCAGCUGUUUGUGAUUUUUAAUAAAUAAAAAAUUUGAUUGAUUAAUAUCCUAAUUAAUAUUAAUUUUAUCAAGCAUUAAAGGAAUUUACAGAAAUAAAUUUAAUAAAUAAUCCAAUAGAAAUUGCUCAAUAUAUUUUGAAUUAGGUUAAUGGAAAAGAUAAGAUUAUUUCAACAAUAUGUGGUGAUAUAUUAGGUGGUUUAUUUAAAUAAAAUUAUAAAUCACUUGAAUAAAUUUUAUUUGAUAGUAUUAAAAGUGGAUCUUAAACUGUUAAAUAUUCUUGUAUUUAAAGUUUGAAAUAUACACAUUAAUGGACCAAUAAAGCUUAAAUCUUAUUAGAAAUGCUUUAAAAUGAAAAAGAUAUUCAAAUUCUUACAGGAAUUAUUAAAGCACUUACAUAAAAUAUAUAAUAUAUUAAAUUAAAUAAUUUAACUUAAUAUUUAACUUUUUGUUUAAGAAGAUAUGAAGAAAAAGAAUUAAAUUUUGGUAAUUUUGUUGAAAAAAGAGAUGAUGCUAAAGAUUUAAGAUCAUUAUCAUUUGAUUUAUUAGAAUCAUUCUUAGAUUUAUAAAAUCUAGAAUUGAAAUCAAUCUUAAUAGAAGUAUUUGACAAAUUUGGUAAUUAUUAUCUUAAUUAUACAAUAGCUGAAGAUAAAUAUGAAGAAACUAGAAUACCUAGAUUAAGAAUUAUUGAAAAAAUAAUUAAAAGAAAUCCUCUUGAAUUAACACCAUUUUAAGAUAUCUUAUUAAAAACGUUUGAACCUAUUCUUAAAACAUUAUAAUAAUAAAUAUAAAAAUAAGAUCAAGUAAAAUAUAAAUUAAUUAUUAGAAUUUUGAUAAAGAAAAAGAAAAAAUUAAAUUAAUAAUUUAAAUUCUAUAAGGAUUAAGAUAAAAUUCAAAAGAAGUUGAUACAUUAUGCAUGAAAUAUCUAACAGAAUAAGUCUUAAAGACUAUAUGGUAAUGA